AUGAUGUUCCCUUUGAUCCAGAAACUGAAACAGGACCAGAGUUUUGGAUCUGGACCAGAGUCUCAGCAGCAGUCCUUUUCCUCCAGCUCCAACACAGAUGAUAGAGCCCAUGGUGGAUGUCAGAAAAUGUUGAAGAUACACUCACUGAUACCAGAAAGGAAACCAGAUGAUCCAGAUGAAACAAAAUUUGCAGCAACACCAUGGGGAUUUCUCAGAGAAAGACAGGAUCAGAAAGAUAAGCUCAAAAGGGGCUGCAAAGGAGAUAACAUCCUUUCUGACAGUGAAGAGAGUCAGGCCAUGAGACAUCAACUCAGGCUGCACAAACUGGAAUCCAAGGAAGUACAGGCCCUCAAGCAGCAGAUGGAGGCCCUUCAGCAGCAGUUUAAGCAGAGAGAGGGUGAGUGGUCUGUAGUUCGAUGCCAGCUGGACCAGCUGAUCAGAGAAAACUCUGAGCUGAGGAAGAAACUCACAGUUACACCACAGUGCCGCCCAGUGGACGGCCGAUGUACUGCACAAGCCCACACUGCAUACCAGGAGGGACGGACAGAGAUGGAACAUCUUCUCUCAGACGGGUGCAGCCUGGAGACUUUCACUAACGGGACAAAGAAAGUAAUUUCUGCAGACCAGAAGGCAAAAACAGUCACAUUCUUCAAUGGAGACAUCAAACACAUUUUGGAAGAUGGGAAAAUGGUGUAUUACUAUGCUGGUUCACAGACAACACAUACCACCUACCCAAGUGGUCUGGAGAUCCUUCACUUCCCCAACAGGCAGAUUGAGAAGCGACACCCUGGGGGGAAAAGAGAGAUCUUAUUUCCAGACCAGACCAUCAAGUUUUUGGAGGCUGACGGCAGCGAGAGGACAAUCUUCCCUGAUGGCACCAUCGUUCACCUUUCACCAUCAGGUGAGAAGAUGGUCGAUUUCCCCAACGGACAGCGAGAGAUCCACACUUCCCAGUACAAGAGGAGAGAGGAUCCUGAUGGGACGGUUAAGACCAUCUACCCCGACGGACGACAGGAAACCAAGUACGCGUCAGGCAGAGUACGCAUCAAGGACAAAGUAACCAUCAGACAUCUUAAAUGAAUGUGUGUGUGUUCUUAUAUGUAAGUAUAAGACAGGGAGUUUUGUUUGUGUGUGUAUGUGUUUGGGGAAGUAGAUCUGGGAGGGAAUAACUUUAAUUUAUGUUUGAAAUAGGCACCAGUACAGUAGUGAUCACAGAUAGUGGAUUAGAGAUGUCUUCACGUUGUACACUCAACAAUUUGUUUAACUAUUUAUUUAUUAUAUCUUUUUAAAAGGUAGAGAACUUUUUUGAUCUUUAAAAUGCCUCUUUAUCCUUUCAGAUAGGUAUAUUUUUUAUAUUCUACUCUGAUCCUGAGCCAACAACUGUCAUUGAUCUUAAUGAGUUAUCUGAUAAACUCUUUGAAAAUAUCA